CUUUUUUCCGUGUAUGUUAUUGCUCUACAGCGUCGAGUAUAUAUAGACAUAUUCCACCGUCGGGUAAAACUAAUCAGAUAGGAUCGCAUUAGGUACCUCCUAUCAGACUAGAUUCUUAAUGAUAACGGAUUAGUGAUCACGGAGGAAGGUUGAAGAACGACGAGACACCAUGGAGGCACCCCCUUUAAUGCGCAUUCCAGCAGAGGUGCGGCUCAUGAUAUUCGAAUAUCUCUUCGACGACGGCGGACACAAGCAGUUGCAAAUUCGGAACGCAGAAGCUGGAAAGCUGCCGAAGACAGAAAACAGACGGCGAAAGAGAUUCCAUACAUUAGACCGGAGCUUUCAGCGGCGGUGUUACGAGACGACCUACCGACUCCAAACCGAGGGCGUCAACUUCUGGACAUCUAUCAUGAGAGUAAACAAGACGAUAUAUGAAGAAACGACAUACUUGUUGUACGGCAGACAUACAUUUGACUUCGGGGACGCGAUCGAGGCAGUCGAGCCCUUUCUUUCGGACCUAACGCCCCAGAGCCGCGGGCUUAUCCGCGAAAUAUCCCUGUACAAGCGGGGGCCCGUGCACCCCUACAACAACGACCGGGGCGAGUGGCAACGCGUGUGCCGGUUCCUUGAAAACAACGGGUCUGUCAGAAAGCUGCGGUUGGUCGUCCAGUGUGGCCGCCCCAUUGCGACGUGGGAAGGGCCGAAAGAAUUCACGGCUGCAGACCUGAAGCUUCUUUUCGACCUCAAGCACGAAAGCCUCGACUGGGUUGGCGAGCUCGCCCGCGUCAGGGGCAUCGAGGAGCUCGAGAUCCUCCCGGAUGUCCAACACUGCCCCCCACCGUCGUCUACCAACAUGAUUAUUUUCGCGGCUCUAUCCGCUUCCAUCGAGAGAGGCCUAACGGAGUUCCUGCGAACACAGUUAUGCUUACCUCUAUAAUGUGCAAAUUGCUUGUGUUAGUUCAUCGUUACCGAGGAUGGCGUAAGAAAAAGUGGUUAUUACAAAGGGGAGAGUCAUGGGUUAAAUUAGAUGGUACUUGGGAAGAGUUCUCUAC